AGAGAGAGAGAGAGACAGAGAGAGAGACAGAGAGAGAGAGACAGAGAGAGAGAGAGACAGAGAGAGAGAGAGAUAGAGAGAGAGAGAGACGUGCUCCAGAGUUUGGAGUGGACUCUUGACUGGAUGCAAAACUACAAGGAAAGCAGACUGGAGUGAAUCUAAAAGAGCACAAGAUGAAGUGUGUGUUGUGGAUCAGUGCUCUGUCGCUGCUCUUGUGUUUCUCUCUGGGAACGGCUGAAUACAGGCAAAGAAGACAAAUCCCAUCUCGGAGUCAGACGGGUGUGUGUCGCUAUGGCAGCAGGCUGGACUGUUGCUAUGGAUGGAAGAGGAACAGCAAAGGUCAUUGUGAAGCCCAGUGUGACCCGGCAUGCAAACACGGCGAGUGUGUCGGUCCAAACAAAUGCAAGUGUUUCCCCGGGUACACUGGAAAAACAUGCAGUCAAGAUCUGAAUGAAUGCGGUGUGAAGCCCCGGCCCUGCGAGCAUCGCUGCAUGAACACGUUUGGAAGCUACAUGUGUUACUGUUUAAAUGGAUUCAUGUUGAUGCCCGACGGCUCGUGUGCCAAUUCGAGGUCGUGUACGCUGGCUCACUGUCAGUACGGCUGUGAGGAGGUUCAGGGGGAGAUCCGCUGUCUCUGUCCUUCUGCUGGUCUUCAGCUGGGACCUGAUGGAAAGACGUGUGUGGACAUCGAUGAAUGUGCGACGGGGAAGAAUCAAUGUCCGUUCAACCGGCAGUGCACCAACACAUUUGGAAGCUACUACUGCAAGUGUCAGAGCGGUCAUGAGCUGAACUACAUCAAUGGAAAAUAUGACUGUGAUGAUGUGAACGAGUGUUUGUCAGAGACUCACAGGUGUAGUCCUCAUGCCGACUGCAUCAACACUAAAGGAUCGUACAAGUGUAAAUGCAGACAGGGCUUCCGCGGCAGCGGCUUCGACUGCUCAGUAAAGCCAUUUUAUCACAGAUCGUGGGGUGCUGAUAAAGGAAGUGCUGACGGGUUUCUCAACGCCAUUCCUGAAGUCCCUGUAAAAUCUGACAACAGCAUCCCAGAGGCGAUGGUGACCGAGUCUCCGAGACUUCGCAUGCAACCCUUUGAUUAUGAUGGAGAGGUUUAUGUGGGUCCUCCAGAGCAGACCACGACCUUUCCUGAGGAAGAGAAGGAGGAAGACGACGAAGAGGAUGACACUGGAAACCAGCUGAACUCCAGAGGAGAUGUGUUCUUUCCAGAUGAGUUUGGGCCGGUGUAUGAUCCUGAAGAGCCGAAGGAGAUCCAAGCAGCACCACUGAAAGAAAGAUUCCUGACAGACUGCAACUUUGAUCACGGGGCUUGUGAAUGGGUUCAGGAGAAUGAAGAUGAUUUGGACUGGAUGAUCAAAUAUAAUGACAACGGUCUGGAUUAUCACAUGGCUCUCUAUGGCCUCAUUGGCAACAGAAAGGAGCAGGCCAGAAUAAAGCUGCUAUUGGAUGAUUACGUGCGUCAGAGCAGCUUCUGUCUUCAGUUUGAUUACCGUGUUCUGGGACAGCAGAUGGGCGUCUUGCGUGUGAAGCUGGACAACAGCGCAUCUGCCGUUUGGGAGAGGACACAAAGUCACAAUCAGGACUGGCAGUCAGAGAAUCUCACAAUCACCUGGACAGAAACAGCACCAGAGGCGAUCAUCUUUGAGGCUGAGCGUGGGACAUCAGUGACUGGUGAGAUCGGUCUGGAUAAUGUGGUUCUGAUCUCAGGACCUUGUACAGAGGAUAAAACCAUCAUCUUUUAAUGACAACACAGAGGACGGCGUGUGUGUGUGAGUGUGUGCUUGUUUGUUUGUGUGUGUGUAUGUGUGUCUUAACCUCUACAAUAAGACCGAUUUGAGUGUUAUAGUAAGCAGGUGAUAAACUCUAUAUAUAUACAGACGAUAAGAAUUCUGUUAAAAGACAUUCAUGUAUGUGUUAUUGUUUUUUUGAUCCACGUUUUCUGCUGGAUUCCCUUCAGUACUUGUAUGAUUAUUAUAUAAACAUUGUAACAUUAUAACAGCUGUACAUUUUGCUUUAAAGUGGCAUUACAUUAAACUAUUUUUAAGCGA